UUCACAUCAAAGUCUUGUCUUAAUGAAGUGUCGUUGUUUGCCGCUGACACACAAAGGCUCUUCAUUUUUAGGCUUAAGGAAAGGUUCAUUCAUCCUUACCCCUAGACUAAGUAAACUAUAAGCUAUGACUUGACGAGAGAAGCAGAGAACUAAGGUAACACACAAAGGCCCUUCAUUUUUAGGCUUAAGGAAAGGUUCAUUCAUCCUUACCUCUAGAUUAAGUAAACUAUAAGCUACGACUUGAUGAGAGAACUAUGAUUACAUUUAAGUACAUACACACACUAGCUUCAAUACUGUGGGGAGUGUAGAACGUCAGCUUUUGUAUCAGGAAGCUAUUUGAAACGAACUAGAUAGAGUGGAACCUUUCAAAACAGUGAGUAGAGUUGCCUUUUCCAAGUGCUGUGUGGUGAGGGCAUUGCUCGGGGUGUAAGUCUUGAGCAUAACACUUGUUGGCCACACUGUCCAUGUCCGUAACUGGCUGAGGUGUGGAACUGUUCCUGAUGACAUGUCUUUAACCUCUGCGCCUGGUGCUGUGCCGCACUGCUUCCCCUACCACACCACACCUUGGUCAGACCACCUCCGUUAGCUUGUCCGCCUUCUGUAAAUACACCUUUGCUUUCCUGUCCUCGGCGCUGUGAAUGUGGUGGUGGUGGUGGUGAUGGUGGUGAUGGUGGUGCCUUGGUGCAGCCCGAGCCAGAGGACCCGUGGGGGGACUGGGUUACUUUCUCGCCCUCACAGAUCACCGCCCACGACGACGCCUUGUUCAGGGUGUUCGCCAGAGAUGCGGACGUGGGCAUGAACGGUGACCUGGACUACAGCAUCAGGACCGGCAAGGGCAAGAAGGGCCGCUUCAAGAUCCACCCGAAGACUGGCCAAGUGUACAGCAACAAGGCCUUUCCCCCGAGCAAGACCUUCGAUUUGAUGAUCCAGGUGAAGGACAACGGGGCGCCGCAGCUGACGGCCACCACGCGGGUCCUCGUGCGUGUGAUGGACGUGCCCGAGGAGUCUCCCAACCCGCCGGUCCUGCAGCCGCCGCCCCCCGCCCACGUGAUGGAGACGGACGCGCCGGGCCACCUGGUGUCCUUCAUCAACGCUCAGGACCCGGAUAACGACACCUUGUGGUACUACAUCACAGAGGGCGACGAGAGCGGCCGGUUCAGCAUGGGCGUGGACUCUGGCCUGGUGAGCCUGGCGCGCCGCCUGGACCACGAGGACCAGCACCACUACGCCCUCACCGUCACGGCCACAGACGGCGUCCACACCGCCGCCACCAAGCUCGUGGUGGAGGUGAUGGACGCCAAUGAUCACCGGCCAGUGUUCAGCGCCAGGACCUACGAGGGUGCCGUGAGCGAGGACGUGGCGCCGGGGUCCACCGUGGUCACCCUGCAGUGCCGAGACAGGGACCAGUCACCCACGGCGUCCUCCGCGGUGUACUUCACGCUGCACCACGCCCAGGCCUUGGCGUCCCAGGGCCUCUUCACCGUGGACUCGUUCACUGGUGACCUCAUCGUGGCCGAGCCCCUGGACAGGGAGGUGUCCAGCGUCCACGAGCUGACCGUGAGCUGCAGGGACCGCGGCCGACAGGAGAACGCAGACUUUGCCCUCGUGUCCGUGACGGUGGAGGACGACAACGACCACGAGCCCGUCUUCCUGGAGCCCAUGAUCAUCGCCAAGCUCGUGGUGGAGGUGAUGGACGCCAAUGAUCACCGCCCGGUGUUCAGCGCCAGGACCUACGAGGGUGCCGUGAGCGAGGACGUGGCGCCGGGGUCCACCGUGGUCACCCUGCAGUGCCGAGACAGGGACCAGUCACCCACGGCGUCCUCCGCGGUGUACUUCACGCUGCACCACGCCCAGGCCUUGGCGUCCCAGGGCCUCUUCACCGUGGAUUCGUUCACUGGUGACCUCAUCGUGGCCGAGCCCAUGGAUAGAACCUUUAGAGGAGGUGAGCGUGGGGGCUGCACGGCGCCUCUGGUGCGGGUGAUGGCGCUGGACCACGACAAGGGCGACAACGGCAGGAUAUCCUACUCCAUCCUCGAGGGUGAGUAG